CAGCACCGGCUCCGCCUCUUUCCGUUCCGCGUCCCAGAAAAGAAGGGAGGAGAGCGGGCGACCGGAAGGCGGCGAUGGCCAUGGACCGCGUGCAGCUCCUCCUCGUCGGCCUCCCCGCGCUGCUCUUCAUCUCCGACCUCUCCCACAUCUUCGCGCCGCCGCCUCCGCACCUGCGCCACCCCCACGGCCACCCCCCGCACCACCGCCACCCUCAUCCGCCCCACCAUCCCCACCAGCCGCACCCGCCGCACCACCANCACCCCCACCCGCCGCACCACCACCACCCGGACCCCGCCGCCGCUGCCAUACAGCAGCCCAAUCUGGACGGAGGAGCUGGAUUCGGCACAACCGUGGAGCUGCAAUUCUGCGCCUCCUGCUCGUACAAGGGAAAUGCGAUGACCAUGAAGCGCAUGCUGGAAACAUCAUUUCCUGGCAUUAAUGUUUUCUUGCAUAAUUAUCCGCCAGCUUUCCCCAAGCGGGUACUGAGCAAAAUCAUGCCAGUUAUUCAAGUCGGAGCCAUUGCAACAAUAAUGGCUGGUGACCAGAUUUUCCCCAAACUUGGCAUUACUCCACCUCCAUUGUUUUACUCAUUGCGUGCCAAUAGAUUUGGAACCAUGGCGACAAUUUGGCUCAUUGGCAAUUUUGCCCAGUCUUUCCUACAAAGUUCUGGUGCCUUUGAAGUUUACUGCAAUGGAGAUUUGGUUUUCUCGAAGUUAGCCGAACAGAGGUUCCCUAGCGAGUUUGAGCUGCGCGAUCUCAUCGGCAGCAGGCUGCCACCUUCUCCAUUCGGGAAAAACAUGGGAAACGUCUUGUCUUAGUCGAUGAUCUCAGGAAGAAUAUCGUGCGCAGCACCGAUUUAUGUCUAGUUCUCUACUAAGGUAUUUUAUGGUUAGCUAGCUGAUGUCGAUCCUAUCGAAACUCCACAGCUUGCCUGUAAACACUAGCUUCCGAAUAUGUGUGUGGUUUGUAAAUGCCCUAAAAAAUAACUUGCACGAGACAGUGACUGACAGUGCGAUAAUGCUGUAUGAACACCUCCCACUAUAAUCGUGAUUGCCUGAUGCUGCUAUGCUACUGGCAAAGGUCUGAAAAUCUUCGCACUGAAGUUUAAGUCU